CGGGUUGGUGAUUUCCGAGUGGUGUGUUUUUAUUUUUGUUUCGUUUCUUGCCUACCGUUCGUAACUUAUCGCUGCGCUUUCGAGCCGUUCGAGAUAAGAAGGAGAAAGUUCAAGUGCGACUGAUAAGUGAACCAUUAUCGACGGGUAUUUACUGUUUGGCGCGCAGCGAUAGCGCCGACCGUUUGCCUAUCGAGGCCAUUUCCUUUGUUAUUGGGAGCUCCAUUCGGCAAGCAUGAGAAACCUGCUGAUCGAUCAGAUAGCGGAGGACGGCUUCGCCGUCAUCGAUGAUUUUCUUACUGCGGAAGAGGUCGCCGAACUGCUGGAAGCGGGACAAAGCCUGCACAAAGACGCCCCCAAGGAAGAACGGAGAGUAUUUAGUACCAUUAAUGCCAAAGCGACGCAAAGCAAAGAUCGGUACUUCAUCGAGAGUGGCGACAAAGUACGAUACUUUUUCGAGGAAGGUGCCGUCGACGAAAACGGUGAACUGCUGGUAGACCCCUCGGUGGCGCUAAAUAAGGUUGGCCAUGCGCUGCACACCGAACAUCCGGCGUUUUCGAACAUUACGUUCUCCAAUCGGGUUAAGGAAGUUUGCUGGCAGCUGGGCUUCCAAAGUCCAGCCGUAGCGCAGAGCAUGUACAUUUUUAAGAACCCCGGAGUCGGCGGUGAAGUGAAAUCCCACCAGGAUGCGACCUAUCUGUACUCGGACCCGAGCUCGACGAUCGGUUUUUGGAUCCCGCUGGAAGAUGCAACUCCACAGAAUGGCUGUCUGUACUUUAUCAAAGGUUCCCACAAAAGUGGUGUUCACAGGAGGUACAUCCGCAAUCCAGACAAAACAUCAAACGACCUGUUGAUAUACGAUCGGCCGGCCCCACUGUAUCCGCAGUCUAACUUCGCUCCGGUCCCCGUUAAAGCCGGUUCGCUGGUAUUGAUUCACAGCCAGGUGGUGCAUCGAAGCGACGCGAACCGCUCGAACCGAAGCCGGCAUGCGUACACGUUCCACGUGAUCGAAACGGAGAACUGUGCCUACUCGAAGGAAAACUGGUUGCAACCGAGCGAAGAGCAACCAUUUCCGGUGCUAUUCGAGAGGAAUUGAGUUGCUGCCGGCCUUCGUGUCGGGACAUAGCUUGUUGAGACGUGAGUGCCAUAGAUGAUGAUUAUGAUGAUGAUGAUAUUUACUAGCACUAGUUUUGUUGUGUAUGAGAAAAUAUAUACCGUUUA